AUGUCGUUGACUCGCGUGCAACCCACAGCGACUCAGGAUCACAUCUUAUUAGCCCCUACCGGACGGUAUGCUCCUAGGACGACCCCCAUCGCCACAGAGUCGAGUCCUCCCCGGCAGGCAACGCAUAUGACUAGUGAGCUUCAGAGACCGGCGAAGGCUAUAACUCUUUGGGGGCAAUCCACCGAUCAAGAGAGGGCUGAUUGCGUUGGUACACAAUGGGGGCAGAAAUUCAAUUCACAAUGGUGUUGGAACGUCAAGGGUCCCCUCAAUGAUGACAUUUGGCGGGAAAGAACUCUUCCUGUGCUGAAUAGGCUCGAAAACGAUAAUUGUUCCCACCUAUAUGGUACAGGCGGGAAACACGAGAUGCGAAGUUUUCAUUUUUCUCUCCUUAGCCGCACCGACGACCCAGGAACCGCUUCGCCAACGGUGCUGAUUAUGAUCGGUGACAGAAAGAUCGGAUUAAAGAUGAAAAAACUCUUUGAGAACCAUCCCCAUUUUCAAGAUCUGAAUACUGGCUUCGGGAUCGAAGUACUGGGCAAAAGUCGAUUAUUCAGGUUCCCGGCAACUGACGAACCACCUCCGGGAAGCAGUCAGCAAAGGCUGCAUAGCCAUUCCGCUUCAUCCCUAUGUGGUAGAGGUGUACUUGUGCCUAUGCACCCGGGAACUAUGUGCAAACGGGCAACUAUAGGAGGCGUGAUAUGCAACCCCGGGACGUGCGAAUUCUUUGCUGUCACCGUCGCACAUUGUUUUUCUUUGGAUAGUUCCCUUGCCCGCCCGGAAGACAGCGUUUCCAGCGAAGGUAGUUCUCUGGGCGAGGACUCCGAAGACGACGACAUCACGGUGCCGGCGAAAAGUGAUGGUAGUGAGGUAUCGCAAGCCGCCACUGACGGCGACUGGCUCCUGGACGCGAUCUGUGGAGCUUACACCGACACUUCGCUCCCCCGGACAGCAGCAGCGCUUCCUCUUAGCCCCAAACAUUCAGAAUAUAUUGGAUGUAUCAAUUUGCAGAGGCGAAACUUUGAAGAUGCUGCAGCAUCGGAAGAAUCCGCGCAAUAUUCGAAGGAGCUUGAUUGGGCUUUGAUACGCAUCACAGUCCCGAAAUUCCUGCAGAUAAAUCAGGUUGAAACGCCGUGGAAUACCUGCUUAUACCCCUCAUCGGUUGUGCGUAAUAGUGAUGCGUUAGAUUGCUACGCAAUUCUAGCAGCUGGUCGUUCAGGGAUUAGGGAAGUCAGCUUUUCUGGAACUGUCACUAGUGUGAAGUUUCCAUGGAGCACAACUGCCCAAAUGCUAUGGACCGUGGAGGCAGACCUAGCCGAAGGGGAUUCUGGCUCUUGGAUUCUCAGCACGAAUGGCAACAGCGUGUAUGGUAUGGUGGUUGCUAGUAUUCCAACAUUACGGAUCGCAUAUGUUGCCCGUGCGCAAGACAUUUUUGAGAGCAUUCGAUCAGCCUGGCAUAUCAAUUGUGAUAUUGAUGAUAUGCUUCCCAAGGAGAUAGACGGGGUUAUACAGAUGGGCCACAACCCACUGAACACAUUCGGGAGCGCAGCAAAAGCGUCAAGUUCGACGAAGCCCGCUACUGGCAGCAAACCACACGGAAGCGAAGAGCCAUCUCCAUCCCGCAAGAUCUCGUUGAGUGGUGCGUUCAAACUGAUCUCACAGUAUACGAGAAAGGCAUUGCAGGCUCCACAGACCCUGGGAAUGGGAAUCCUUCCUUACACGAUCCUUCCCCCCGUACAAAUCCCGAUCACUCCAUUAUCCUUCCUGGCAUCAAUAUUAGCCACUAACACCCCUAAGACCUCUUUCAUACCUCAGGAGCCGGAAAUCCCUGUCCGUGUGGACAUCGCUGUGACAUCUGAUAUCAUAGCUGCUGCCGGUGCAGGACACAAGUUGUCACUAAUGCUCAAUGCCAUUAGGUACAACAAACCCAGUAACGGUCUCGAAGUCCAUAGCAUCUCUAGUGAGGUCACAUUCCUCGCGUUCAUGCUCAAACAGAUCGGUGUGGUGCUGCAAGGGAACGAUCAUGUCUACAUGCCUGAACCUUUUUCCAUCGCCCAGCGGAUAGCCCAUACAAGCAGCUCAGUCUUAGACGAGCUGGAAAGAACGCUGAAUUAUGUACAGAAAUCGAGCACCGAUCCUACCACAACCCAACCUACUUCCCAGCAGGGGUUCGAAUUGUCGUUCAAAAAGCAUAGAGUUGCAUACCUUCUUGCAACUAUCGAGCACUUGAGACUGAGCCUCACUGCGAUGCUAGGGAUAUUACAACUUGCAAAGUUAAUGGCUUCUACAAUCCCAUGUUACCCUGCUGAAGAAGCUUCUACGAAAGACGAAGCAAUUAGACACCAGCGGCUUGAGGCUCAAAACAGUCUCGUUGUCCGCCAAUGGCAGAUGACGAAGAUUGACAAACUAUUCCAAGAUUCGCAAAAGGAAGAGGAAGAAGAUGGGCUAGAGCAUAUUCCUACGGGUUUUGUAGGAGAAUUUCGUCCAGUAUCUUUGGGCAAAAUAGAUGAUACCCUGGCUCGGAUCAUCAGAUCGUCCGCAGAAAUGAUUGAUGCCUCUAAUCAGGCUAUCGAUGAAUUUCUCAAACGGUGGACCAAUUGGCGAGAAGUGGACGAACGAAGAAACAACUGCCUUUUCCGUUGCCUACCUGAUAGUUCAGACUAUGAUCUCGCUCGAGGCAAGGGAAUGCCAUUCACUGAACAACGGGCGCAACAAGAAGACAGUCUUUUAGGUGUUGGAAGCUGUUAUGUCGGAGGUCCUCGUGUGAACUGGAGUAUUCUGCAUUCGGCCGCGGCAUCCGGCGAAGUUUUGUGGAGGCAGGAACGAGAUCUGGAAGAUAGGCUGCUUUUUAUCGAUGGGAUCGAUGAGGGAGAGAUGAGGACAAGCCACCGCUAA